CGUUCCGCCAGCUUUCUACCGUUACCGAGAGCACGCGAGGGGGGACUUUUCCAUUUCUCUCGCUUUUUGGGGAUUUUAAGGCAUUUUUAUUAUUAUUCGAUCCGGCCAGAAAGGAGAGGAAAAAAAUACGGGUUACUUUGGAGAAAGCACAAUGUCAGCGACCUUCCCCGGACUUGUCCACGACGCAGAGAUACGUCACGACGGAUCAAACAGCUACCGGCUCAUGCAGCUCGGCUGCCUGGAGUCCGUGGCCAACUCCUCGGUCGCCUACUCCUCCUCCUCCCCGCUCACCUACCCGGCACCGGCGGGGACGGAGUUCGCCUCACCCUAUUUCUCGGCCAACCACCAGUACACGCCCCUCCACCACCAGUCCUUCCACUACGAGUUCCAGCAUUCCCACCCGGCCGUGGCCCCGGAGGCCUACGGCCUGAACUCGCUGCACUCGGGCCAGUACUACCAGCAGAUCCACCACGGAGAGCCCGCCGACUUCAUCAAUCUGCACAACGCGCGCUCGGCCCUCAAGUCCUCGUGCCUGGACGAGCAGCAGCGGCGCGAGCUGGGCUGCCUCGACGCUUACCGGCGCCAUGACCUGUCGCUGAUGACGUCACACGGCUCACAGGCCUACGGCGUCGGUAUGCACCACCCGGACCAGAGGCUGCUGCCCGCCGCCGGCCUGGGCCUCCCUCCGCCUGCGGCGGACGACCUGCAGGGCUCCGUGGAAGCGCAGUGUGGGCUCGUGCUGAACGGCCAAGGGGGCGUCAUCCGGAGAGGGGGAACAUGUGUGGUGAAUCCUACAGAUUUGUUCUGCUCGGUACCGGGUCGGCUUUCGCUGCUCAGUUCCACCUCAAAGUACAAAGUCACCAUCGCUGAGGUGAAAAGAAGACUGUCCCCGCCAGAGUGCCUCAAUGCUUCCUUACUGGGCGGCAUACUGCGUAGAGCAAAGUCUAAGAAUGGAGGCCGGUGUCUUCGUGAGAAAUUAGACCGUUUAGGGCUCAACCUACCAGCAGGACGGAGGAAAGCCGCCAACGUAACGCUGCUCACCUCCCUGGUGGAAGGUGAGGCGCUCCACCUGGCGAGGGACUUUGGCUACACCUGUGAGACAGAGUUUCCCAGUAAGGCAGUGGGUGAACAUUUGGCGAGGCAGCACAGUGAGCCGAAAGAAACCAGUGCGCGCAAGAAGAUGGUCCUGGCUACAAAGCAAAUCUGUAAGGAGUUCCAGGACUUAUUGAGCCAAGAUCGCUCUCCUCUGGGCUCAUCCAGACCAACACCAAUCUUGGACCUGGACAUCCAGAGACACCUCACACACUUCAGUCUGAUCACUCACGGGUUUGGCACGCCGGCGGUCUGUGCAGCUCUCAGCACCUUCCAGACAGUGCUGAGCGAGAUGCUCAACUACCUGGACAAAACCUCGAGUGGGAAAACGAGCGGAGCCGGCGACCAACAGAUCAACAACAGCUCGGAAAAGACGCAGCUCCGGAAAACAGCCGAGCCCCAGAGCAAAGACGGGAAAACAGAAAAGACUGAGUAGCCCCCACCCAUCCGGUCCCCGUGCCUUGGAGCGCUGCAUUUAGAAGUGUGCGUGCGUGAGUGUGUGUGAACGCGUGCACUCUGAAAGGGGAUCUGUUAUUUCCCAUGCAUUGCUGUAUCUUCUUUGGGACAAUUCCUAUUUAUUGUUAUUUAUUUAUCUUAUGUUGACAUGUAACACUAACUGAACUGUCCCAAGCAAGACAUCCUGAUGUGUGAGCGAAAGCAACGCAUCCAGUGUAAAUGUGCGUGCGUGUGUGCGUGUCGUGACAAAGAGGAGCCUUGCCAUGGAGAUGGCUGUGACUCAUCUAGUACUUUAUUUCUUUAUUUAUUAAUUCUCAAAACAGGAGGUAAACAACACAGUUUCCCAGGACAGGUUGGGGGGGAUACAUAUUUAACACACACACACACACACACACUCAGGGUUUGUGGGGAUGUAAUCUAAAUCCAGUUAAUUCAGGUGUGGAUACUCUGCAAAAGUACAAAACCUGGAGCUGUUUUUUUCCCUCUGAAGAAUCAUUUAAUGUGUUUUUAUUUAAACAAUAAGAGAUAUCAAACACACGAGUU